UUGCUUGUGAAAGUCACAGCUCACUGAGUCAGUGAGUAAGAGUACAUCGGUCUCUUCUUUCCUGCCUUUGCUUGUCAGGUUGAGUUAAUGAAGACAAAAUGCAAACCAUUACUCGCAGCUUCAUCCUUAUUUUGUGGAUGCAAAUACUGACCUCUGUGAGAAGUGAAGAUUGUACACUUCAGCAGUUCAUGAAUGGACAGAUGUAUGAUUCCAAUUUUGACAUAAGCGACUUGGAGGCCAGCUACCCUGUAGGACAGCAACUUAAAGUAAACUGCAAAAUUGGAUACAGUGGCUUUUUUAAACUGAUCUGUACUAAUAUUGGCUGGAAACAUAUAGGCAAGAAAUGUGAACCCAAGCCUUGUGGCCAUCCUGGUGAGGCAGCCUUUGCAGACUUUGCUCUGGAAUCAGCAGACGAUUUUGUUUUCGGGUCAAAAGUCGUAUACACAUGCCACAAUGGUUACCAAAUGAUCAGUCGGAUUAACUAUCGAAAUUGCCUGGCAGGGGGUUGGGAUGGUGUCGUUCCCACCUGUGAAGCCAUACAAUGCCCUGAGGUUCAUGUGGAAAAUAAUGUUCAGAUAAUUGGGCAAUCAAAUGAGGCGACUUAUGGAAACGUAGUUCGUUUUGUCUGCAAAUUCAACUAUGAAGUCCUACUGGGAUCUCCGGAGACUUACUGUAAUGAAAAAGGAGAAUGGACCUCACUGCCACCAAAAUGUGAAGAAAUAAAAUGUCUAAAACCAGCAGUUGAAAAUGGCAUUGUUAUAAGCAACACCAAAGUAUAUAAGGAAAAUGAAUUUCUGAACUUUGAGUGCAACCCUGGCUUCAAACAUACUGACAACAUGCUUUCAAAAUGCAUAAAAGUGGGUGUAAGAGCCGAGUGGACCCCCGCACCUAGAUGUGAACAAAUUACAUGCAAACUGUCACUGCCACCAGUGAGUGGAACCAGCUACCGCCCUAACCACAUAAGUACCUUUCCACCUGGAGAAACUAUGACAGUAACCUGUGGAGAUAGGUACUGGAUCGUUGAUCAUUUGACAACAUCAGUGACAACAAAAUGUAAAAAUGAUGGAGAGUGGAGCAUCAGACCCACAUGUAGAGAGGUCAUAUGCAGAAUUGAACAUGGCCAGCGUACUCAUACCUGGGAUUCAUGGUGGAAAAACGCAAUCAAACUAGAUGAAACUCUUGGUUAUCAGUGCAACGAGGGCUACAAGAAACCAGAUGGAUUUAACAGGGCGAGAUGCACUAGAGAGGGAUUGAAACCUAAUCCUCUCUGUCAAGAAAUACAGUGCACAAGAAAAUACAUUCCAAAUACAGAGCUUCUCAACGAGAAAGACAAAUAUCGUUUUAAAGAAACAGCAUAUUAUAAAUGCACAGAUGGAUAUAAAGGACAGUUUUCUUUAUAUUGUGGUAGACACGGCGAGUGGAGUGGAAACAGUGAGUGUGAUGAGGUCACAUGCGGAAUUGAACAUGGCCAGCAUACUCAUACCUGGGAUUCAUGGUGGAAAAGCACAAUCAAACUAGAUGAAACUCUUGGUUAUCAGUGCAACAAGGGCUACAAGAAACCAGAUGGAUACGACAGGGCGAGAUGCACUAGAGAGGGAUUGAAACCUAAUCCUCUCUGUCAAGCGCAAUGUACGAAACUUAAAAUCAACAAGGCACACAUCACCCGUAACGACAAAGAGAGUUACAUUCACAACGACAGAGUGGAGUUCAUGUGCGACAACAAGGAUGGUCAGGCCUUUGAAGUUGUUUGUGAGAAUGGAAUUUGGACUGGAAUCCAAAACUGUUCAGGAUGCAUUGUGCCAAAGAUAACUAAUGGAUUUGCCAAGAGUACUCUCAAUGAGAUGUACUACACCUGUAAUGAAGGCUAUAAGCUUAUUACGGAAGGCUGGUGGGCACAAUCGAAAUGUGACGAAGGACAGUGGUUAGGACUUGGGAGCUGCAUUGAUGAAAGCCAUUGUGGACCGGUGCCUCCAAUUCCCAAUGGGGAAGUAACAUCCCCGCAACCUUCUUAUGAGAACAACGCACAAGUCCCGAUUGAGUGCAAGAAAGGAUACGAAACUAAGAUCCCCCAUUUAACAUGUAAAAAGGGAGUAUGGCAGCCAAAUGAUACAGCACUUAACUCAAUCUGUACAUAUGCUGCUAAACCCUGCAGUGCUCCAGCUAAAGUAGAUAAUGCUGUUAUUUUGACAGAGUUCCAGAACAUAUACUUGUCAGGUUCAGAGGUAAUUUACGUUUGCCGUAGAGAUUAUACGGGGCAAAAAACAGAGAUAAGGUGCACAGAGGGAAAAUGGGAGAAGACAACCUUAAACUGUACAGAUUUUGCUCCAAAAACAGAUCUGUCAAAACAGUCCACUCAGUUGGACUGGGAUUUUGUGGCAUUAACAGAAAUGAGACUGUCACUGACGCUCCUGUUUCUCCAGCUGUGGAACAACGUACAGGUUUCUCUGUCUCAGAAUGCCUGUCAAAAGCUCCCACUUGUCCUUCAUGCCCACAUUUCAGAUGAUACCGAAAAAGUACAGUACCAGGCAGGAGAUGAAAUAAAUUUCAUCUGUGAAACUGGAUAUAUAUCAGGUCCAACCAUCAGAUAUAUGUGUACAAACACUGGCUGGGCGACACUCCGUCAGGGGACAUGUUACUUGAAACCAUGUCCACUACCUGAUGAAACUCCCAAUGGCUUUUAUCAGAUUAUCCAUGGUAUAGACCUUGUUUUUGGAACGACUAUCCAAUACUUUUGUAAUAGUGGGUAUUACAUGGUAAGUAAGGAAGACACACGGACGUGUCUGCUGGCAGGCUGGACCAAUCAUGUGCCAAUAUGUGAACAUUUGACCUGUGAACUGCCACUUGCUGACGAAGGAAUGACAGUGGAAGGAUUACAAAUGAAUGAUGAGCCCAUACCACCAGACCGCUUCCUCAGAUUCAGCUGUGCCCUACCUGGGCAACACCUAAAUGGUGAGGCGGUGCUGCUUUGUGGUAAAGAUGGGAAGUGGAAUCAUCCGUUCCCCACAUGUGAAGAGAUCUCCUGUACGGUUGGGGACAUGCAUCCUAAUCUCACAGCAACUGAAGUAGGACCAGUAGAUAAAAAAGUUAAAGUUGGACAAAAACUCACAUUUAAGUGUGAUGAAGGAUACACACUGGACAGAUCUGGAGAAGUUCAGUGUUUAGAGACAGGCCAGUGGAGCGCCCCCUUCCCAACUUGCAAUAACAAAUGUAUAAUCAAAGGGAUACCAAGCAACGUGAACAUAAGAAACUAUAACGAAGGAGAUCAGCUAAGUCCUGGACAGAAGGUACAGCUAAGUUGCCGCAUUCGUUCUCACGUUGUGCAGGGGAAGUCAGAGAUUCAUUGUUUGGCUAAUGGUCAAUGGAGUCAUCCCUUCCCAACAUGUGGAGCUCCACUAGGAUGUGAGCAGCCCCCAGGUGUGGACAAUGCAGAGAUCAUGGGAAGUCUAAAGGCAAGUUAUGCACAUGGAGAGGUGGUCAAAUACAUCUGCCCUGAAUACUACUUGCUGGAAGGUCAGAAUUUCAAAAAAUGCGAAAACAGUAUAUGGACCGGAAAAGUUGGAUGUUUGACACCUUGUACUGUGAACAGAGGAGCCAUGAACAACCACAACAUCAGAUUCAAAUACAGAAGAGACGAUAAGCUGUAUUCUACUCACAACGAUUUUAUCGAGUUUGUCUGUUCCAAAGGACGUCCUAGUGGUAACACUGGAAUGCGUGUGCAGUGCAAUAAUGGUGUGAUUAUUCUACCAACUUGCCAAUAGAGGCAUAAAAUAUUGUUCUAUUAAAAUCAUAGCUCAUAUUAAACAAAUAUAAAAACAGUUAAUUCAGCUACCUACAUAAGUAAAUCCACACGAAUCAAAGUCUAUACAAGAAUAUAAAUAUAAAACAAUCAUCCUAAAUGGGGAAAAAAAUCUACAGCUUAAGAUGACAUACAAGUGGAAUAUGGUCCGACUGCAGUUGGUGUUUGUAAUGUGUAUGGCUUUAAAACCAUCAUAUAAUUUUCUUAAGGCUCUCAAUGCUUUAAAUUUUACUUUUAUUAUGAAUGUUUCCUGUACUGAAUAUGGUUUAUAGAAUAGAAUAGUCUUUAUUGUCAUUGUAACACGGGGUAUAAUGAAACUGAUUAUUAAAGGAAAGUUAAUUUGACAUGA